UUUAAAAGUUGUUUUAAAAAAAAAAGACAACAUUUUUGGAGAAAUUUAAGGGAUAUAUAUUUUAAAUAAAUUUUAAUCAAGCGUAGUUGGUGUAAUAAUGAGUGGACGUGGUAGUCGUAAGCGGGGUAGACCGCCGAAGACGCCAAAUGAGCGCGCUGGAACCAAAUUCAAUUAUCAGCUGUUAAAGAAACCAAAAUAUUUAAGUAAGGCCAGCGAUUCCCAAUUAAGCACUCCAUCGGCAUCACGCGCUUCCUCGCCCCAGGAAAGCGAUGGUAGCCGCAGCUAUAACCGGAAAUCCACAGGCAAAAGUACCAGAGGCAGAUCACGUAAAUCAACAAGCAGCACGGCUAAUGUAAGCCGGAGAGGAGGAUAUGAAUCAGAGUAUCAUUAUGGUUCGGAUUUUGGUGAUUCGAGUGAGAAGAGUGAUAUUGAUGAUGAGUUACUCUUAUCUGCGACUGACGAAGAAGAGAGUCUCGAUAAUGUUAAUGAAAGUGAAUCUGAAUUUUCUGUCUGCAGUUUUACACAAAAUGGAGUUGGUCGCCCACCUAGACCGCCAAGUCCUGAACCAAUAUGGUUACAAGAUAGAGAAUAUGAACCUCUCGAAUUGCCCGAGUCAUCUGAAGAUUUACUUAUGAAAAAUGAACAUCUACUUAAUGCUUUAGGUAUAUAUGAAGUCUUGCGACGAUUCCGUCACUUGGUACGUUUGUCACCUUUCCGUUUUGAAGAUUUUUGUGCAGCUUUGGCUUGCGAUGAGCAGAGCGCACUUAUCGCUGAAAUUCAUAUUAUGUUACUGAAAGCAAUAUUACGUGAAGAAGAUGUACAGGGCACACACUUCGGACCACUAGAUCAGAAAGAUACAGUUAAUAUAAGUUUGUAUUUAAUAGAUGGUAUUACAUGGCCUGAAGUACUACGCAGCUAUGUUGAAAGUGAUGCAAUAUUCAAUCGUGAAGUAUAUAACAUCCUAUGUUCUGGUGAUUAUCCAUUCACAGGUGUCACUGAUCGCAUUACGGUUUUACAGUUUUUAACAAAUCAAUUUUUAACAACGAAUGCAGUAAGAGACGUAAUGCUGCAAGAAGGUCCAAUACAUUAUGACGAUCAUUGUAGAAUUUGUCAUAGGUUGGGCGAUUUGUUGUGUUGCGAAACUUGCCCCGCUGUAUAUCAUUUAGAGUGCGUUGAUCCGCCGUUGCAUGAUGUGCCUACGGAGGAUUGGCAGUGUAAUUUGUGUAAGUCACAUAAAGUUAGUGGUGUUGUAGACUGUGUGCUGCCACAAGAAAAGCAAGGCGUUCUAAUAAGGCAUGAUAUAAUCGGAUUGGACAGGCAUGGGCGUAAAUUUUGGUUUAUAGCGAGAAGAAUAUUCGUUGAGGGUCAACCUGUUCUUGAUAACGGUAAAAUAUGGUAUUAUAGCACCGAAUCAAAAUUGGAACAAUUACUAAAUACUAUCGACAAAGAAGAUUUAGAAGCCGGUCUGUAUACCCAAUUGACCGAGCGUAAAGAUGAGAUUUUACGACAAAUGAAAUUAACAGAGACUAUUACAAAAGAGCACAAUAAAUACCAAAGGCUUUCUUAUAUUGAUGAAGAAAAUAAGAAAACAUGGGCAUUAAUACGUGGUAAUGAAGAAGAAGAAACACAAUUGAACGACAGUGUCGCAGAGAAUAAGAUGAUGACCCGUCUGAAAACAAGUCAAAAUGCGAAUGAAACCAACCACUUUAAAUUGGGUAUGGAACAUGGUUUUAAGAAUUACGUAAAUCAGUAUACAUCAAAUCCCAUUGCUUUGAAUAAACCACAGCGUAAUGAAGAGCGUGAUAAACGCCGGCAUUUAUCCCACAAAUUCUCCCUAACCACCGCAUCGGAGUUUAAAUGGAUUGGUGUUACCAUGGGUAGUUUAGAUAGUAUAACUCAAACGUUGCGACAAACACUAUUAAGUUUCGAAGAAAAUGUACCAUCGUCCUUCAUGAUACCAAAUUGGCGAUUCAUAAAAUGGAAAUGGCGUAGAACAGUUACCGACGCACGCCGUCCAACAGAGUUUGUCAUAGUAUUAUUAUUGCUACAGGCUUCAUUUAAGAAUGUGAUCUUUGCAAAUGUUUGGCAUGAACAGCUUGGUCAUAUAACAUUAUGUCGCAUAACUUCAUCUGAGCGUGAAGAGCGCAAAAAGAUUGAGAAGCGUGAAAAACGUGAACGUGAUGAUGAAGAAGAACGUAAUCGUCUGGCUUUCAAUUAUAUCAAAUACUCCUUAGGACUUAAACAUCAGGUUUGGAAGCAAAAGGGCGAAGAGUAUCGUAUACACGGUCAAUGGGGUUGGAUGUGGCUUUCAACCAGUCGCCGUUGCGGUAGUUGCGGCGGCAGCAAGUCACGGCGAGCACCACAUCGCCAUGGAUUGGCUAUUCCCCCGGUUAAAGUGAACGUGCAUUUUACAAAGGGCGCCGAUGUUGAUGAAAUUGUAAGUGUCGAUCCCCGUACACACAAAUUCCUUUUGCAAUGCAAUGAGGCUGUAAAAAAAGGUGCCGAUUACUACUUCCUGCAGAAGUUUAAAGAUGUGCAAGUAAAAGAACUGAAUGAUGAUAGUACAGAUGGAACCGACGGUUCCGGCAUUGUUAAUAAUAAGGGCACUAUCGAUGUUUCGAAAUCGUUAAGAAUGCCCGGUCGCUUGCUUUAUCCGAAAAUAGCACGAAAAAGCCGUCUUGAUGAACUAUUAGGACGGCGUUUGGAAUUAAAGCAAGCUGAAGAAGAGUUGGCGGUCAAAUCCGAAAAGGAUGAUGAUGAUGCAGAGCCAGGUACACAAUCGGAAGAGGCAAAAUCCGAUACUAAUAAAAAGGUAGCCAAGCGCACAUUCCUUGAACGUCGUUUAAUGGAUAUACAAUAUGUACAACAAAAAAAUACGCCCAGUAAAGAUGUCAACCUUGAUUUGGUGAACUCUUUAGCGAAGAAAAUACAAACCGUCCGUUUGCAAUUUAGUCAAUUGAAUCGGUUCGCUAAACAAUAUCGCUGCUACACGAAAGAGUGCAACACAAAUUCCAAUGCUGUUUCGCAAAUCACACAAAACACCUGCUAUUCACCACUUUGCCUACAAAAAGCCCGAGCUAAAAAGGAACUAUUACUGUUGUUACGCAAAGCACAUAUUGCCGGCAAUGGUUCAAAAGAAACAGUAGCUGCUAUUUUGGGCGCUGUUAAAAAACCUUCAAUUUUGGAACAAAAAUUAACAGAGGGUAAAAAAGAUGCCUCACUCGUACUAGAUGAAGCUGAAGAUUGUCGUUGGUUAAUCGAUGAGAGUCCAUUGGAUUUGGUGCAAGAUUGGGAACAUGCACGUACUGUAGCUGUGCCAUAUGAUGAGAUGCUUUUACGUGACUGUUACAUAUCGAAAGAAGAAGAAAAUGCAGUUAGCAAUACUGUGAAAGAAGAGAGUAUGCCAGCUGGUGGUUCUAGUGAUGGUGGCAUGGAAUUUAUGGAUAAUAUCGAUGUGUGCAGUAAUGUUGAGAUCGAGAGUUCAGAGACCACUAAUGAUGAUUCUCUCGCUGCGCUCACCUCCAGUAAUGAUACUUUGGGCAUGGACGCUACACAAGCUAAAAAAUGUAAGAAGUCACAAAAAUCGCGUACUAACAAAUCGUACAUCGCCACUAAGGAUGUGCUCAAUCAGACUCUUGAAUCGACAGCAACAAAUAUCAAACAAAAUCGCCGUUUUCCUACACAACCGCGCAUUACCAAACGCGAAGAUGUUACAAAAUAUGAAAAGGAAUUUUAUACAAAUGGUAAGGAACGCGUGUAUGCAGCACAAUCAACACGUGGACGCAUUUACUUGUGGCGUGACAAAUCUGUGCUAAAAGAACGCACACAAAUCAAAACGGAAGAUGAAAGUAAAUUACAAACAUUCACGCCAGAACAAGCUAAGAACAUACCAAUCGGCUCGACAUAUCCGCUAACUUCUCAAUUCCUUACACACAAGCUAAAGGCGAGUAUACUCGCGUUGGCACCCUUUGAGUUAAAGAAAUUAGCACGUUUGGGUGGCAAAACAUCCACUAACGGUUUCCAUCAUUUGGCGAAAAAUAAUUCCGUCUGGCCAUAUCCAUGUUCACGACCACUUUUUAAGACAUGUUGGUCUUUCCGUACUACCAAAGCGACUACACUUGCUGCUGUAGCGCUACAACUGCGUAUACUGUGGUGUUGCCUUCGUUGGGAUGAUAUGAUUGCCAAAGCACCAUCGGCAGAUGGCAAACAUCAAGUGACUAGUGAAACUGAGAUCGUCACACAAGAGCUGUUGAAGUUCCGUCACAUGGGACGAUAUGGUGAACGUACGCAAUAUUUACGACGCAAAGUAGUAGUGCCACUGGAAAUGCCCAAGACUAUACGAGAGGUAACUUCAAUUCGUUCUGGUUUACGUAAACGCAAACGUGCUGAAUCACCUCAGCCAACCGAACCACAAAUAAGUGAAGAGUGGGUAGAGGAAGAAAAACUUGAAUUGUGGGAGAUUAAAUUAAUGGGCGAACGUCAUGAGAAGAUGAAGCAAGCAACUCAGACACGUUCUGUAGUCCUGCGACAAGCUGCUGAACAAGCUGGCUCAUCGCCGUCUUCCUCGUCAGCAUCCAGUUCCGGUGGUUCGAAUGGCUGCACACCUAAAGUUGUGAUAACAGCAAAGAGUAGUGAAGAGAUCAAAGAAAAAAUGGAACAACAAUUGAAACUACAACGUGCUGCACAUCAGCAGAAAAGGAAUCCGGAUAAUAUUAAAUUACAUCCGCAAGGUAAGGGUCAAAUAAUCGGCAGUCGUCGUGUAAUAGUUAAAAAUCCCGAUGGCACAACGCGCAUCAUACAACAGGCAAUUACUUCACCUGCACAAAAAGUUAUCAACAACAGUGCCAAUGCCGCGGCCCAAGCUUCAACCGCGUCGAAUUCCGGUGGUUCCUCAUCAGCCAGUGGACAGUCGACACAAGCGAGCACUAGCACAGCGCCUCAACAACAUAAGGUGCAAAUUAUACGCGGGCCUGAUGGUAAAGUAAGCGUUCGAGGCCUAAAUCCCGGUCAACAAUUAAUACAAAUGCCCGACGGUAAAUUGCAUGUGUUGACGACAACAUCGGCAGCAGGCGGAGCACAAGGUACUAUAACAAAGAAGCUGCCAGUGAAACAGGUAACAGCAUCAAAUUCAACAGGUAUCGUGAAGCAAAUAUCAGUCAAGCCUAUACAGAAGCCGGUGUCGGUUCAAAGUGCACAAAAAACCGUUGUUACAGCCGUAAAUACACAACCCCAAGCAGUUGCGCCUAAAGCGGUUGCGCAGGUUAUUAACCAACAUGUCGCUCUCAAUCCAACAACAACUGUGCAGAAGGUUAUCACACAAACAAUACCAACUGUAAAUACAAAUACACCUACAGCCACAAAGGUUACUACAAACGCCCAAGGUAUGCAACAAUUUAUUGUCCAACCAGGACAAAAAUUAUUGAUGGGACAAAAUCAACAAGGACAAAAGGUGUUAAUUACCACUGGUGGACAACAAAUUACCCAACAGCCGGUGGUUUCGAAUCUACAAACAAUACAGCAGACACCUCCACAGCAGCAACAACAACAACAGCAAAUAAUAGUGAAUCAAUCACCAACCACAACAAAUCAGACCACAACGUCACCACAGGGUGCAACACAAAAGGUUAUACAACAAAUUGUGAAUACCAGCAAUGUGCAGCAACAAAUUGUGAUCGGUGGUCAACGCAUUAUAUUAAGUCCUGGACAAACUAUUGUCACACAAAGAUCCGUGCCACAAAGUCAAGUACAAGUUGUACAACAACAGCCGCAACAGCAACAGCAACAACAAAUAGUGCAAUCAACCACAACACAACCCACACACCACCAACAAGUAAUUGUGCAAGCGACAAAUCAACAAGCUGGACUUUCCCAAAUACAACAACAACAACCACAACAGCGCGUUGUUAAGCAAAUUGUGGUGCAGCAACAGCAACCGCAGCAGCAGCAACAGCAACAACAGCAAACAAUACAAGCCAGUAGUAAUCAUUUAGUGGAGCAAAGUACACCGCAACAACAAGUGUUAAAGAUACAGCAGCCGCAGCAACAACAACAGCAGCAGCAGCAGACUGCUGCAACACCCCAACAAACAACAAAUCAACAACUUGUCGUUCAGAACUCAACGCUGGCACAACAGUUGGCCCAAGGUAAACUGCAAGUAGCCACCAUAAACGGUCAACAAGUAAUCAUUCGACCAUUGGGCAAUAAUCAAGCACAAAUUGUGGCGCACAUUAAAACGCAAAGUGAUGGUAAUGCGCACAUUAUAACCAAUAGUACUUUGGAAACGCCGCAAGGUUCACCAGAAAAAUCAGCGCCCGCAGUUGUGCAACAAAUACAACAAAAACCACAAGUUCAACAACAGCAAGUAAUACAACGUGCAACUGUUACACAACAACAACAACAGCAGCAACAUGUAACCCAACAACAGCAAACUACUUAUAUGCAACAAGAAACUGUGCAGCAACAACAUCAGCAGACGACUGUGGCAACACCUACCAAACAGAUGUCCAUUGAGGAGAGCUUACUGCAGGGCCAGCCGCCAGGGACUGUUAUCAAAUGUGUCACCGCACAGGUCAUACAAACGGAACAAGGUCCACGUAUAGUGUUGCAAGGCUUAGUUGGCAAUGAUUUCACGCAACAACAGUUGGCGCUUGUGCAACAGCAAGUGAAGCAACAGCUUUUAAAAGCUCAAGAAUCCAGCGGCAAACAAGGUGUGCUAGGACCAACUAAAAUCUACUUGGCUGUUCAACCGCCAAACGCGGGUUUGAAUUCUCAACCACCCCCACUAACACCCGUACAUCAAUCUACACAUCAACAAGCGUCCUUCCUAGCUAAGACAACGGUGACUGAACAAAGUAGUAGCAGUAAUGUUGAAAAUGUCGCCGGCAAUAAAACAAUUGAUGCAACAACAAAAAACCAAGAUAAAUCAGAUUUAUUACAAGACAAUCAAAUUCAACAAUUACCCCAAGGGAAUAACACAGUAAUAAGUAGUAGUCCUAGUGCGGGUGUUGGAACUCAGGAUUUGAUUGUUACUUCACCAGGAUUUAUACAAAUCUCUAACAACACAAAGGUAAUCACUAAAGGCAGCUCCAAUAUAAAUUUAGUACACAGCAAUGAGCAGCAACAACAACAGCAGCAGCAACAAGAUAAAAAAUCAACACAACAACAGAAGCAACAAAUAAUCGGUACGCCGGUUAGUAGCGGUGGUGUAGCAAUUAGAAAGCGACACCUGUACAAAACUAAAAAUGAGAACGGUGACUGGAUACAGCCGCAGCACCAGCAACAGCAGCGUACACCGAAAAAGUCAAAUACGAAUAAUAUAAUUGCCGAUCAGAAUGUCAUUAAUACAUACACUACAAAUAAUAUACUUCGCGAUGGUGGUGGUGCUAAACGUAGCGAUUUGUUGUUGCUCGAUGAUAAUGAACAACGUAAUCAAGCAUUAAAUCAGUCGCUAGAGCGUCAUAAAGAUCUCUUGAAGAAAAGCAUUUUGAAGAAGCGUUCUCUUUUGGAGCGUAAUUUACAACAUGAAAUUAAAGAAGAGAUGAAUAAUGAGUUAUUGAGUUCCACCGAAAAGGAUACAAAUAAAAAAUUCUGUAACACUUCGGGUGCUGGUGCUGGCGGCGGUGGUGGUGGUGGCGGCACUACUACCAGUGGCGGUUUAAUAACUAAUGAAGUCAGAAAACCAUCUAAGCAAUUGAAGAAUCCGAACACACCACACACGCCAGCAUUGACACCGUCCAAAAGUCUUCAUGGCAAAUCACAAAAGAAAGUCAACAAAAAGAAAGAAAAAUUGUAUUGCAUUUGUCGCACACCAUACGAUGAUACAAAAUUCUAUGUUGGCUGCGAUUUGUGCAGUAACUGGUUCCACGGUGAUUGUGUUAACAUAACGGAGGAAGCAUCUAAAAAGCUAUCCGAAUUCAUAUGCGAUGAUUGCAAGCGUGCACGCGAGACCCAAGAACUAUAUUGUUCGUGUCGCCAACCAUAUGACGAGUCACAAUUCUAUAUAUGUUGUGAUAAAUGUCAAGAUUGGUUCCAUGGACGCUGUGUGGGUAUAGUGCAGAGCGAAGCUGAAUUCAUCGACGAAUACAUUUGCCCACAGUGUCAACGUAACAAUUCGGUGAAUAUUGCGAAUAUGAAGAAUUUAGCUGAAAAUGAGACGAUCGAACUGAAGAAACUGAUCAAACAAAUACAGGCACACAAAAGUGCAUGGCCUUUUAUGGAGCCGGUGGAUCCGGAAGAAGCGCCAGACUAUUAUAAAGUCAUUAAAGAACCCAUGGAUCUACAAAAAAUUGAAAAUAAACUGGAUACAAACGUUUACACAAAAUUAUCAGAAUUUAUUGGUGAUAUGACAAAAAUAUUCGACAACUGCCGCUACUAUAAUCCAAAAGAUUCAUCGUUUUAUAAAUGCGCUGAAACCUUGGAAGCAUACUUUGUGCAAAAAAUUAAAAAUUUCCGUGAAACUGUGGUUAGUCAAAACUGAAACUGAAACUGAAAUAACAGCAUACUUUGAAAAAGAAAAAAAUAAAACUGAAAAAAAAUGCCACUCCGCAGACAUAUGAAUAUUUAUAUAUUACUUGCUUAGUGCUGGAGCACACUUACAUAUAAUGAAAGAUCUUGUAAAUAGAGUUAUAAUUGUUGCAUAAUGUAUGUAAGUAUUUACGUAUUAUGCACAUAUUGUUUAGAAAGAGCACAUAUAGAUUUAAUAUAAUAUGUAUAGAUUUAAGAAAUGUUUUUCAUUUAAUCCACAUCCACUUCAAUACAUUAACAACAAACAAACAAACAAAAAAAAAAGGAACUUAUAACGUAAAUACUAGCAUCAUGUAAAAAUCAUAUUAAGCGAUCUUCUCUGUAUAUACAUAUAUAUAAUUGGAUCAAUGCAUUUAGCUGCGAGAUAAAUAGUAAUAAGAACAAAAUGCCCAUACAAUGUAUUGUAUGCUUUUUUCUUUUUUAAUUUGAAAAUGUAUAAAUAAAUACUAAAAACGAAAAAGGAAA